UAUAGUGCCUAGGGGACACUUUAUCAUGCUUCUGCCCGGGGACCUGGUUUUUCUGACUCAGUCUAUGGCCACUUCAGGUAAAAACGUAAAACCAGAUGAUCUCUCUGGGUUUUCCUGUAAAACCGAAACUGCCGCAGACGGAACCCCCACACCAGUGGGCGCACCUCUCAAGGAUUUAACUGUUGCUCUCUAGUGUCAAACAUAACCACACCCUUAUGUACCUAUUGGCCAGAAGUUUUCCCGGCACCGCCCUCAGCUCGGUGCAUCCGCCCCCUCCGCAGCCUGUUGCUGCCAAAUCAGUUUGCAGGCUAAAUAUGUCAUUUAUUGAUUAGAAAGCCUUUUAAACUCAGGUGAUGUCUUCGUUUUAAGAGAUGUCUGCUUUAAACUAACAUUUCGGAUGUGUUUAAAUUCUCAGGAGCAAUUUUCGUUUUUGGAAAGAAAAAUGCGCACCUUCUUCCACCUCUGAUGUUGUGAUUUUUAUUGUGUUUUUUUCUGCGCGAUUUGAGUGAGUCCGGCCUGGUGCAUCAUACCAAACUAGAGCAGCAACUGGUCUAGUGGAAGUGCGGUACCGUGCUUGGUGACCAGCUGAUCACCGCGCGUCUCUGUCAGGUCUCCCAACCUGACUUCCUACUGCUCAGCGGGUUGCAGAACAACCUCUCCAGGAUGGUCUGCCUCCGCGCACCGGGACUUGCGGGCGCCUGGAAAGCAACAGUUUUCCUCCUCAACAUCAUCUCCUCUGUUGUAACGAAAAGACACGUGGUUUACUGGAACUCUACCAACACAAGGUUAACAGCAGGAGAUAUGUCCAUCCAGUUGAAUCUCAAUGAUUACCUGGACAUCUACUGCCCCCACUAUCCCGAAUCGAUGACUCCGGUUCCAGAGCAGCUAGAGACCCUGGUCCUCUACCUGGUGGAGGAAGAGGCAUUCAAAGGCUGUGUGGAGACCAAAAAGGCUGUGAAGAGGUGGGAAUGUAACACCCCAUUUGCUCCAUUUGGACCCAUCCGCUUCUCUGAGAAGAUCCAAAGGUUCACCCCGUUCUCGCUGGGCUUCGAGUUUCUGCCAGGGAGACACUACUACUACAGCUCUUUGCCGACAGAUGAAGGCCCUCCUCUGCCAUGUAUGAAGAUGCGUGUCACAGUAUGCUGUGAACCCACAUCAGAGGGUUCAAAACAAAUACAAGAAACGAAACCUCUCAGCAGUGUUGUCUCACUGAGGACCGCUUCUCUUCCACUCCUCAUCUCCAUCCUCCUGACGCUGAUCACCUGACUCCUCUGUCUUCACAGAUGACCUGUGCUCCGUGGGAGCAAUCUCUCAGUCAUUUAAAGAACGAACGGAAACUGCUCUAAUCAGAUAACAAAUGGCAAAAUGCAAUCUCUGCCAUACUUAGCUGGUGACAUAAUCAGUGUGGUUCAAAAUCCGAGCAAGAGCAUGUUUUCACCACACCACGGGACUAUGGUGACUCAGGGAAAUGACUCUGAAGCGCAGGUUUUCUUGCCCUACCUGUUGCCUGUUGUGCAACAAGUCAAACAAAAUGUUUCCCAGUUGGAACUCAUCAUAAGACUCCAUCUCAGUUUGAUGACAGAAGAACAAAGAGAAUCAGGACCUUCACUGAAGUUUUUUUUUAAAUAUAUUUUGUCUUAUCAUGUUAUGUUUACUUCCUUUUGAGUGGCAACCUCUAGUUUAAAAAGUGGCCAAAUAAACAUACUACUGUAAGGAGUUGCUCAGGUUGGACCUUUUCCAUUUCUCCUCUGAUUUUCCAGGCAUGGACACAGACUCAUACUUUAAUGCCACCUUAUAAUCACAGCAACAUAAAUCUGUUCAACUUUAAAUUCGAACUAAGGGCAUUUUGAAAGGGGGAAAGGGAAACUCUUGUAGAACAGUGAAAUUGGGCUCCUGCGCCCCCUGCUGGGAUCAAACUGGGUUUUACUGGUUGAACUGGGCUGGACAUAAAGAAGGAAACUACAUGCCAGAUUGAGGUUCUGUUUGAUAUUAACAGGACCUGGGAGUUGGUCCUCUCAGACUGACCAGAGCAACAUGUUCUACAUUUUCCUUCCUGCUUCAGAACCAACUGAGGAAAACUCGGAUUUCAGGGUGAACGGAUCGGUGUUGGAAAGACAAACGGUGUGCACAUCUGAGCUUUCUGAUUUUAUUUUUAUCAUCACAUGAUUUUCGGUUUGAUUUCUGGGUAGUUGGCAAAAUAACAUAUUAAACCUAUUUAAAAAUAUGUUGGACCUAUACAAACAGUUCUUUACUACAGUAACAAUCAGUCUGUAUGACUAAUCACAAAAAUACCACAACCUUGGCUUCUGUGUAAGCAGAACAUAAUUUAUUUUCAUACUUACAGAUUACUGGUAUACUAUUUUAUAGGCUCUGCUGAAAUAGAGUUUGUCAAGUCAGAUAAUUUGAUUAUUAAAUUUAUUUUUAACAGUUCAACAGUUUGGCAGGAAUGCCUUAUUUAUAAAUAAAUUUUGGGUCCCUAUAUUUUUACAUUGAAAUAGUGAUAAUGGUAGCUAAUUUUAUAUUUCUAAAGUUACAUAAUCAGCUCCCUACACUGUUGAAUUUGGCUUAUUAUCAGAAAAUGUAACUAAUAUUCAUGAAUUUUGUUCUUGCAUUAAAAACUUAAUUAUUAGCACGUACUGUAUUUCUUUCUUUUUUCAGGUGAAAUCCACUUAUUUCUUAAUGCUUAUUCUUUUAAUUUUUUAUACUUUCAAACAUAUGUGGGUUAGAAAAAUGCUAUUAUUUUGUCCUUUUUUGUCAAGCUUAUCUCCCAAAAAGAAACACUGCUUCUGAAGAUGUGGUUUCUAUGCUGUACAGUGUGAGUUUUACAGUCAUGUAAUGGUAGGAUUUUAUGGAUUUGUUGUUUUUUAUUGUGUUUCUGCUUUCACAUUUUAGUGGAGGAUGUAGCAUCUUCUGUGAAGAGCCAACUGCAAUCUGAGCCGUUUUCUGUGGCAGGACAACAAAUAAAUACGGUUGCAUUCAAAAAGCUCA